UCAUCAUCACAGAAAAAAGAAGAAGAAGAAGAAGAGGAGGAUUUGUGAGAGGAAAGAAUUGCAGUGAAUAAGCGAAGGUUUCUUUAGGAUUUUCAGGAUCAUCGCCCUGUCAUGGCUCGAUCUCUCUUGAGCGCCAAGCUAAUCUUUGCUCUGGCCGCGGACGCAAUGUCCAACACCGUUGCCAGGCGUGGGUAUUCAACAGCGGCGCGAGGGGCGACGCCCCAAGUGGCAAAAGCCCGUGGCGCCACGAGAAGCCGCGCUGCUGCGGCGGUGAAGAAAACAGGGGAGGAGGAGAAGAUGGCGAGGUCGGACGGGCAGGUCUCGCGGGCACCCGACCCGAGAACAGGGUAUUACAGACCCGAGGACUGCAUCGCGGAGAUGGACGUGGCUGAGCUGCUAGCAGAGCUCUUGAGGGAGAAGGAAUGAUUUUUAGGAGCGGGGCUUGGCUGAUGGUGUGAAUGAGGCUCUGUUAUCGUUUCGUUCGCAUGAAGAAAGAGUCGCACUCGCCAGUUGUUUGCCCCAAUUUUUGUUCGAUCCUUUCUAAAGUAGUGCAGAACAUUCGAUCGGAUUAAGGAUUAUGUUACUAGAAAUCCUCUGUUUCGGGGCUUA